UGAUGCAACAAGUUGUCCGCUCAGAAGAGAACGACAGUCACGUUUGUCACACUGAAUUUGGUGUUUUAUUUUAGUGAAACUCUUGUCAAAGUUGAUCAUGUGGGACGUUCUGCUGCUCUUUUCCAGCAUCUGUACAGCUGUUGUUGUAGGAGCUCCAGGUCCAGUUAUAGGACACAGAGGAGAGAGAGUUGAGAUCAGAUGCAGAUAUGAAUCUGGAUAUGAAUUACAUCCAAAGUAUUUUUGUAAAGGAGAGUGUAGCGUUGGAAAUAGAAACAUCAUGGUUGAAUCAGGAUCUCCAGCUAAAGACGAGAGAUUCUCUCUGACUGAGGACAAGAACAACAAAGCUUUCACCGUCACCAUCACUGAUCUGAGAACAGAGGAUCAAGGCAAAUACUGGUGUGCUGUGAGGAGGACUACGUCUCAGACUCGGCUCUAUUCAGAGAUUUUGUUGCUGGUUAAACAGGAAGAAAAGCCCACUGAAGUUUCAACGAUCAGCUCAUUUUCAGUCAGGAGUGAAUCAGAAAUGAAUCCGUCCAGCAGAAUCACAGACCAUCGGAUCUCCUCGACAGAAGAAAAGCCACUGAAGUUUCAACGAUCAGCUCAUUUUCAGUCAGGAGUGAAUCAGAAAUGAAUCCGUCCAGCAGAAUCACAGACCAUCGGAUCUCCUCGACAG